AUGCCGUGCAUUCUGAAGGUCAGAAUAUCGGGCAUACGGGAUUUCAACGCCUUCGAAAAAUCAGAAGUGGAUUCGCUUAAAUAUGUAGAGGUGGAUAUCAACAGACACACGGAUGACCUGAACUUAUCCUUUCGGCUGGAAAUUGCUGAUGACUCGGAGCUGCAGACCUGUCCGCUGAAGAUAACGAUCGACGACGUGGAAGAUAUAAACAGCGGGUACAUCCAAAUAGACUUCAGCUUCUUCUACUUCCACGACAAUUUGAAGUUGGAGGGCUGGUUCCCCCUGUACGACUCCCUGGCUGGACUCAAAGGCGAACUGUACUGUACCAUCAAAUGGGAAUUCUUUGAAGAAAAAAAUCCCUACAAUGAUAACAGCGCAGAUGUCCUCCUCCUAGGCACGACGUCCUUUCCCAAAAACUCCCCCUACUACAUCGAACAAAUUAUAAACUUCGCUCACGAACUUAAGAUUGUAAACGAUCCUGAGUAUGACUGGAAGGACUUGAUAAGAUCCAACAGAAACUCGAAUGAGGCAAGAUGUGACGUCAUACAGAACUCCUUCAUGCAGACGAGGAAAAUUAUUGGAAAAAAGGCUAAACUGUUGGGUGGGAACGCCAUUAUCGGUUAUCAAGAGCAUCUGAACUUGGAGGGAGGCACAACAAACAAAAUUUGCAUUCGCGUCAUAGGAACAGUCGUGAAGCUAGGGGUGAAGAACCUGAACGAUCCCAACUACGCCAUCCCCGGGGAAAACAGAAACAUAAAGAAUAUUCUGCGCAACAAUGAGCUCCUGAGGCAAAACAGCUUGGAAAAAAAUAAGGACAUGAAAUUGUACAAGAGGGAUAGCACUCUCCCGAACUCAAACUUCAAUUUUGUAGAUGUGAUUUUGCUCACCGUCGACUCGCUUCCAAACAGUGUGAAAUACACGUAUGGAGGACUUGUCGCCGCCAAGUCCGUCAAGGUUUUGCACCAGCGGCUAACGGAGCAGCACCGAGACGAAUGGCUCCUCGAGAUAAGGGACGAAAUCAAAUCGAAUGCAACGUUUUUAUCUUGCAACGUCAUUUUGGGUUACAAAGAAGACACGUAUAUUUACAACGACGUGAUCAUUCUCUUUUGCUACGGCACGGCCAUUAGUGUGAUGUCCUCCUUUUUCCAAGAUGAUAAAAUCGUUUCUUAUGCGAACAGCGAAAGGAAUAAGUACCAGUCGCUUAAGGGUGGGCCCUUAAAUGCGAACAGAAAUUCUAGUUGCGUUUAUUUGCACUACGCGUCGGACGACAUAGAAAGGAACACGGUCCUUUGCAGAGUCUGCAAUGAAGCCUCGGUGCCGAAGAUCCUCAUUUCGUCCGCGAGUGUGCCACAAAACGUGGCUGUCAUUGGGAAUGGCUUCCUCAUCUCAGCCUUCGUCGUGUACCCGCUGAAGAAGCACUACGGAGAGUAUCUCGCAUCGGAGAUAAGCGAGAUUUUCCCCUUCCUGGAGCUGAACCUGCACAAGCAAAUCAUCUGCAAGCUUCUAGUGAACGGAUUCAACAGCAUCUUUGACUACAAUUUGAAAUUAUGCUUUAACCAAAAUUAUCUGUUCGGUUACUGCUGCGGCACGGGAAUGUGUAUGUAUGGGACUUAUUCAGAGAACAAAUUUGUCAUCAAAUCAAACUACAAGGACAACUUCUACAUCAGGAACAAGAGCAUCAGUGCAAGGGAGUUAAAGAUCAUUUAUGAUAACUUAAAUUAUCGAUCCUUCUUCUGUAGAAACAAAACCCUUUUAUCUCCAGUAUUCAUACAAGGAGACAUGGUACAUGAUAGCGAUGGCAGACUGGACCCAUUGCAGAGUUACAAGAACAGACUCAUAAAUUGCAGCGUGAAGGAUAUGAUGGACCAAGCCCUCUCUGAGGAACUCGCCGUAGAAUCCAUUAAGCAGAACACAAAACAGGAUGAUCAAUCUACAGAUAACAAAAUCAAAUGCAAUAACUACUUCAGACUGAGAGAAAUUUACUUAAAGGAGGAAGAGGAGUUACUGAAUUUCCCAAACGAAAGUGAUCACUUGAAGAGAGACAACGCCAUGGAGUAUACCCAAUUAGGAAUCAAAGAAAGGAAGAGGAUUAAAAAAAGAAAGGAGAAAAAAAAAGCCAAACGAGUAAAAAAUAAAGGAUACAUUUACGAAGUGGAAGAUCAUCUCGACAAUAUAACCCUACUCAAUAUUUACGAAGACAGCAUUGCUCUGUACAACUAUAUUUUCAACUUAGACGUCAGCAACUAUCUGGUUAAUAAGCGGUAUGACAGUGGCGCUCUCCCCCCCAGGGCAACUCCUCCAAAUGAUGAGAGCCAGAGUGGAAAGAACCUCCAGAACUUCCCUCAAGGGGAGAAGGAGACACCCACGAGGGAGGAAGUGCCCAGAGAGGACCUCCCCAACUGCGGCAAUUUAAAAAUAAUGGAAUCACUCCAAUCAGAAGCGCAGAACGAAUCAACGACAGACCCAUUGGCACAUGGGAACGAAGAAAACCAAAGUAAUGACCUCCACAGCGAUGUCCGAAGCCAAGUGAACAAAGGAGGUCGCAACGAAAGGGAGUCCCCCUCGAAUGUUAAGCGAGACCAUAGUUCUUACGGUACCCCCACAGGCACUCCCAUCAGCAUGACCAAAUCGAGUGAGGAGAAGAAAUUCCCUCGAAUAUUCUCCCCAGAAUCUCGCACGGAGUUAAUGAGAACGUGCAACAGAUCCUUCGCGCUGGACAGGAGCGAAAACAGUCUUCCCUUCAAUUGCGAAUUUAGGAAAGGAGGAGCUGAGAACGAGCCCAAAUACUUUUUCUACAUGUGCACGCUGGACCUCCUCCCCAGUAUAAGGUUCGAAACGUUUUACGAGCAUAAGGAUGGUCAGGCAGGAGAGAAUAACGCAGUGCCGAGUUCGGCGGAAGCAAAUAAGACAGAUGGGAAGCUUGGAAAAACAAACCAAUCGACUGUCCCCAUAGAGAGGAACAGGGAAGUCCUCGUGGGGAACAGCCUACCCAGGGGCAACACGAACAACUACUUAAUGGACUCCAUCACAAAGGGCAUCACCAGGCCGGAAAGGCAAAGCGACUCCCAGGGAAACCAGUCCAAUGCGCGAAGGGAGGCAAACUUGACGGGGCCCCUUCUGCACAAAGAAGUCGACGACCUUUUUAGCCAUCAGUGCAGCGACCAGGUUAAUGAGCAGCCCGCCGAGAGGUGCGUCGACCUGGUUGCGAAUCAAUGUAGGAACCUCCAUGGAGAAGUCCCUAUUGAUAGGCUUCUAAUCCCCCCAGGGGAGAAACCGUCCCCCCCCGAGCGCAAAACCUUGACCGAUGAAGAAGAGAGGAGGAAAAAAAAAACCAAAAAAAAAACAGAAAAAAAAAAUAAAAAUAAAGGAAAACACACAUACUUGAAUAAUCUCUCAAAAAGUUACCUCUACCUGAUUAAGAGAAUAAACCUGUUCAGCGAAAACAAUGAACAGGUGGAUGUGGUGUACGAGAAAAUCAACAAAGCAUUCAACGACCUUUACAACGUCCUAAUAUUUUAUAUAUUUGCAAACAAGAUGUCCCCCUGUUGCAUAUACAGCAUUAAGUAUCACUUCGCGUUCAUAUCAGUGGACGUGUUGGAAAUCAUGUUAACUGGUCAUUUGGUCAAAAUAAAAAAUAACAACUCGAUCAGUCUGGAGUUGAAGAGCAUGAACCGAUUGAUGCAGGAGAAUCUGUUGAAGCAUUUUUUCAACUAUCUGGAAAAUUACUAUAUAGAGAAGUGGCAGCUAUUUUUUAACUGCCCUGAAUUGUUUCCCCCCAGUAAUGGAAACAAACUGGGGGUGACGAAAUGGAGGAGGAACCAUUACGAGGGUGAUAAGUCCCCUGGUGAGCAGCAAAAGAAGAAAGGAAUACUUCACGCCUUGGCAGCCAGAUUGUUCAACCUUCGCUUGUACUUCUCUCAUAGGGGGAAUAGAAGCAAGUCGACAGUAAUGGGGAGAAACGGGACAGGGAGAGGCAAGACGGGGAAAGGCGACACGGGGAAAGGCGACACGGGGAAAGGUGACGCGGGGAAAGGCGACACAGGGAAAGGCGACACGGGGAUAACUCAUUCGAAGGAUACCCUGACAAACCGGGGUGAAGAAAAACAAACGCGAGGGAACAAAAGAAAUAAACUUAGCUUGUUCCUAAAAAAGACAGCAAAAAAGACCAAGCACUCAUCCGAUAAGUAUAACUUGUGCGACACGCUGUUCCUUUUUAACGACCUUACAAAUUACAUCAUCCAGGAAAACAGAAAGCACCUGUUUGAUUCCUUCACAGAGCAGAAGUUUUCCUCAAUCAUAAUAACCCCACUAAACGUGCUUCCAAACGUUAUUAUAAAAAAAUACUUUGGGAUUAUCUCUUUGCACAUCGUCAAAGAGAAUGUGAACCUAAAGCAGUUUGAUGUUUUUUACCAGAGCAUAAUAUCGGACAUUUUAUUUAUUGCAAAGUCUCACAUUAAGGCGAUCGGAGCCAACUUGAUCUGCUCCUUUAAGAUCACUAACUUUUUCAUGCGCGAGGAGAGGUCCCACGCCUACGCGCUCAUCAGCAUUUGCGGCGACGUCGCCAAAAUUUGA